UCAGGGCCAGCGCUGGGAGUUACACUGGGACUGGUGCUGGGAGUUAUAUCGAGAGUUACACCGGGACCGGCGCGGGUAGUUAGCCUGGGAGUUACACCGGGACCGGCGCCGGGAGUUACACCAGGAGCUACACUGGGACCGGCGCUAGGAGUUACUCUGGGAGUUACACCGGGACUUACACCGGGACCGGCGCUGGGAGUUACACCGGGUGUUACACCGGGACCCGCGCUAGGAGUUACUCUGGGAGUUACACCGGGACUUACACCGGGCCCGGCACUGGGAGUUACACCGGGACCGGCGCUGGGAGUUACACUGGGAAUUACACCGGGACCGGCGCUGGGAGUUUCACCGGGUGUUACACCGGGACCGGCGCUGGGAGUUACACCGGGAGUCACACCGGGACCGGCGCUGGGAGUUACACCGGGAGUCACACCGGGACCGGUGCUAGGAGUUACACCGGGUGUUACACCGGGUGUUACACCGGGACCGGCGCUGGCCGCGGAGCUGCUGAUGCCCCAAUAGCGAGAAGCUGCAUCCAGGAUUUGAAAGGGAUCGGCGGUGGCGGCUGCUCCGGUUCAGGGGGAUGCAGUCGGUUUGUCGGAGGAUGAAACCCCGAGCGCGGAGGUUGCUGCUUUCCUGCCCAUUCUCCAGGGGCUUGCAGAAGCGUCUCCCUGGUGUUAAAGUGAAGUACCUAUUCUUGCUGUGGUUGGGAAUCCUGCUGGGCAGCUGGGGACUGUAUGUGCACUACUCGUCCUACUCAGAAUUGUGCCGAGGUCACAUCUGUCAGAUGAUAAUUAGUUUAAUUUUAUCCCCCCAGUGUGAUCGUUAUAAGAAAGGGAUCAUUUCUGGCUCUGCCUGCAAGGACUUGUGUGAGGAAAAAACGUUGUUGUUCCAACAAUGUCUGUCGUCGAGCCCAGUGCAUCAGGUUUAUGGUGGAAUCUGGAGAAAUAAGGAGGUUAUUAUCAAGUGUGGGAUAGAAGAAGCCUUCAGAGUGGAUCUCAAUCCUGAGACAUUACCUCGGAAGGACCUUAUAUUGUUUGACAAACCAACCAGAGGGACCUCAAUGGACGAAUUCAAGGAGAUGUUGUUGACAUUCUUGAAGUCUAGUCUUGGAGAUCAGCAAUCACUUGGAAAUCUUGUCAACAGAAUAAUCAGCAUGGCAGAUAUCAACCAGGACAACAAGGUGUCCUUAGCUGAAGCAAAAUCCAUCUGGGCCUUACUUCAGCUCAACGAGUUUUUACUGAUUGUUUCUCUGCAUGAAAAGGAACAUACAGCGCAGUUGCUGGGCUACUGUGGAGACCUGUAUGUUACUGAGAAGAUCCCAUACCACUCACUUUACAGCCUCAAGCUGCCACGUUUCCUUGAUGUAGUUUUGCCCUCACUAGUACAGAAGAGCCUGAACCAAUGGUUUGCUCCAGCAUGGCCACAGAGAGCAGAAAUUACCAUUGGUCUCUUGGAAUUUGUGGAGGAAAUUUUUCAUGGCACAUAUGGCAGCUUUUACAUUUGUGACACGGACCCAGGUAACAUUGGCUACAAUGACAAGUAUGAUUUUAAAAUGGUGAACUUAAGGAUGGUGGUGACAGAAAUGACUCUUAAAGGAUUCUAUAAAGGACGCCAUUGUGAGCAUAACACGGACUGCACACAUGGGAAAGAUUGUACAGCAACCUGUGACAAACUAGUGAAGCAAUGCAAUACUGAACUGAUACAACCAAAUCUGGCCAAGAUUUGUGGCUUACUACAGGAGUACUUGUUAUAUGGGGCACCCAACGAUUUCAGAGAUGAAUUACAGAAACACCUCCAGAUCUGCACGAGACUGAAUGGGUUGGCAAGGCAGAUGGAGGUUCAUCAUUCUUUGCUGUUAAACAACAUCAAAACCCUGCUUUGGAAAAAGAUUUCAAACUCUAAAUAUUCAUAAAGGAUCAGAGACCUUCUAAACAUCAUUGUGUUAUAUCUGGAGAUUGUGUCUAAUGUAACUUAUGUAUUGUAUCUACUGUGUCAACAACCUGAAGUGAAAUUCUGGGCAAGCAGUUGUAGGACUAGUGAAUCAACUUAUAAUAACCUGUCGAUGCCAUGUCAAACUGUAAGCCUGAGUUGCAAACAUAAUUA